AUGUAAAAUAAUGAAAUAGAACAGUUUGAAAAGCAGAAAUUAGAAAUAAAUUAAAAAGAAAAUAUUUAGAAAUAAAUAAAAAUGAUCUUAAUAUUAGGAUAAAUAUUUCUAUAUCAAGUGUUGGGUUUUAUUACUUAUGAUGAGAGCACAUUUAGAUCGUUUCAUUUAAUUAAUCAAGGAUUUAUAUGUUUUUAAAACUAUUAGAGAACAUAAAUGAUAAGAUUUAGGGAUUCUUUUGAAUAAAUUCCAAAAGUAAUUCUAAUACCUGAAUUAUUUGAUAUUCCAACGGAGACAGUCAGUUACAAUUUAGAGAUAAUGAGUAUAAGUGAAAAGAGUAAAAAUUUGGAUGAUUAAUUAGAUUUUACUUUGAAAAUAAAAUGUACGGAUGGAGUAGUAAAUGGAAUUCAUUAUCGAUGGCUUGCAAUAGAUGAUGCUAGAAUAUAAGUUAUUAACUAAUUCAAUAUAAAUGAAUUUGAGGAGAAAACAUUCGAUCAUGUAAAUGGAAAUGCAUAACAUUAUUUUGUUUCUUUAAUAUCACUAUCUUACAAAGGAUAAGUAAAUUUUGAAGUGAAAGUAAAUUUAAUAAAAUAAGAAGGUAUCUGAAAUAACAGAGAGUAAGGUAGUAAUUGGGAUAACAGAUCCAACAUAAUAAUUAUAAAAUCUUGUUUCAUUAGGAUAUUAGAUUAUAUUAGGGACAGAGGAUAUGUUAUAAUCAUAUGGUAUAAAAGAAACCGAUUAAUAUAAUGCUUAUUUAAGUUAAUAUUAUCCAUUGAAGUAGUAAUCUUGGUUUAUUAUACCUUUUUAAGGAUUCUAAUCUUAUCCUGAGGAUAGAAUGAGGUUAAGAAAGAUAUAUUAUUCUAAUGAGACUUAUAAAUGGUAUGAGAUUACGACAGGUAGAUUAAAAUUUGAAUUUAGUCGGUUGUUGUUGUUAUUUAGUACAUAAACAUUCACCUUUAUGGAUGAGUUUUGUGUCUACAAUAUAAAUGACUCCUUUUGUAUUUGGUAAGGUGAAGAUAAAAUAGAUGAAAGACACCUAAACUAAUUAUAUUAAUACUUUUAAAGCCAAAAUUUUAGGUUAGAAUGAGUUUAUUAUGGAUCUAGGAGAAACUAAAUAAAUUAUUCAUAAAGAUUCAUAAUCAAUAUUUUUAAUUAUAUUUGCAAAAUGUAAUCCAAAUGACAUAGUAUCAAUUAAAUUUCAUUAUGGUUAAAGUUCAAAUAUUAUAUUUCACACUAGCAAAUAUAAAUGUGAUUAAUCUUUUUAAGAGAUUGUUUUUUCCGUUUAACUAGUACAAACAUCCAUAGCUUAUUAAGAAUUGAUAAUUAAUCUAUCAGAAGAGAAAUUUGAAAUUACACAAAUACUUUAUAAUUAACUCUUAAGUAAAGUGAAACUAUUUGAGAUAAUUAAGACAGCAAUAAUAUGAGGAA